CAGAGCGGUACGUUUCAUGCUUGACUUGUCCACUGCAUUUAAACUCACCGAUCAUGAUAUUUUUAUAUCUAUCUAGUUAUUUUAUUUAGUGGCUGUAGAUACGCUCUGCUUGAUUCCGUCCUAUGUAGGUAAAUUGGACAACUGGGACACCCUAUCAGUAGCGCUGGAAGCACGUUUACAAGCACCCGUACCUUGAUAACGUGCAUCAAACGUCCAGUUUUCGCAAAAAGCAUUACGGGGAAAAACGGCCCUGUAGUGGUAACCGUUGAUACCGUGUUUUUUCAGAAAGUGUCAAGCAGAAGUCGGAUAUGCACUUUGCACAGUGUAUGGAAUGACAGGUUUUAGACACCGUUGACAGAAAAAUGGAGAAAGUUCUUGCUACGGCCAUCAUUGUUGGAGUAUUUGCAUAUUUCUAUUUCCACUCUGCACAAAACACGGAUAACGGAUUUGCAUCAAAUCUCAAAACCUCCUAUGAUUACAUUAUAGUGGGAGCUGGUUCCUCGGGCUCGGUGUUAGCGGCUCGUCUGACGGAGGACCCUGCUAAUGACGUGGCGCUACUUGAAGCUGGUGGCUCUGACGAGACCAAUCCUAACGUGUAUAUACCGGGAGCGGUCGCACAGUUGACCAAUAUUGACGAGGACUGGAGCUAUUACACCGUGCCACAGAAGCACGCCUGUUUUGCCAUGAAAGAACAGAGAAGCUUUUGGCCACGAGGAAGAGUUCUUGGAGGAAGCAGCUCUCUGAACUGGAUGGCGUAUGUAAGAGGUAACCGCCAUGAUUACGACAGCUGGUCUGAGGAAGGCUGUGACGGUUGGAGCUACAAGGACGUUCUUCCAUACUUUAUGAAGUCAGAGGACAUACAGAUUGACGAGUUUAAACAAUCAGAAUAUCGCGGAAAGGGAGGCCCUCUACCAGUUACUCGACCAACUACCACACCAAUGCAAAAAUUCUGUCUGGACGCUGGCAAAGAUUUGGGUUAUAACGUCAUCGACUGUAACGGCGGGGAUCAAAUAGGUUUUAGUUGGAUGCAGUCCACUAUAAAACAAGGGGAGAGAUGGAGUUCUUACAGAUCAUUUAUCAAACCACAUCUGGACCGUCCCAAUCUUCAUGUAAUGCCCAAUACAUUCACCACGAAGAUAAUCAUCAAAGACAAGAAGGCUAUUGGUGUAGAGUGCAUCAGGAACGGAAGGAAGGUCCGAGUGUUUGCCAGAAAGGAAGUUAUUUUGUCUGCUGGCGCCGUCAACUCUCCACAACUUCUGAUGUUGUCCGGCGUUGGACCAAAGGAACACCUUAAUAAAUUAGGGAUCCCUGUACUUGCUGACCUUCCCGUCGGAGAAAACCUACAAGACCAUAUAAUGAUACCUUUGUCAUACAGUACGAAUACUACAGGGGCUGUAACUCUCGAAAAAAUGACUUCAACAUGGACAACAAAACAGUACGAGUACUUAGGCACAGGUCUAUUAUCCGCACCAGCUCUUGAGUCUUUAGCUUUUGUGUACAAAGAUUUCAAUAAAAAGAAGGACUCUGGGGAAAAUGCUGACAUUCAAAUGAUGGUAUAUAGUGUCCAUGCUUCAACCCCACCAUUGAGAGAUGUCUUAAAACUCAACUACAAAGAAGAAGUUAAGGAUAAAGUCUAUACUUCGACUGAUGACGUUGAGACAAUUAUGUUUGUUCCGACUCUCCUCCAUCCUAAGAGUAGAGGAACCAUCCGACUGAGCACAACUGAUCCUUUCGACUAUCCCAAAAUUGACCCGCAUUACCUGGAGCACCCGGACGAUGUUCAGACUGCCAUUGCAGGUGUAAGGUUUACGGAGAAGAUGGUUGGUACAGACUCAUUGAAAUCUAUCGGAAUGGAUGUCAACUCUCCAAUUUUGUACCAUAAAAUGUGUUCUGUCCACGAGUUCCGGUCAGACAAGUUCUGGGAAUGUUUUGUGAGACAUUUUACUCUGACGGUAUACCAUCCAACAUCUACGUGUAGAAUGGGUGGUAAGGAUGAUCCGUCAGCCGUAGUGGACCCCCAGCUGAGGGUUAAAGGGAUUUCCGGUCUACGUGUUGUCGACGCUUCUGUGAUGAGAAACGUUCCUUCAGGAAAUACAAACGCUCCGUCGAUCAUGAUAGGAGAGAAAGCUGCUGAUAUGAUCCGAAAAGGCUGAAUAUGAAUGAAAAUGUAUUCAAAUCGUUCCAUUUAACUCCUUUGCAGUAGUUUAAAUAUGCACAGAAAUAAGUAUAUGUGUAGAUUCAUAUCAUACACCAAUGUUAUCAUUUCGUUUUGUAUUUGAUAUUCCUUUUAAUUUUCAUUUAAACACUUGUUUCUUGUUUAAAAUAAAAAGAAGUUUAUUUACUGAUUUGUAAAUAUCGUAUUGUCUAAGGUUUAUCUAAUAGAACACUAUUUUGCAUUACGCCGCCUGCUUCAUUUCAUUCCUCAUAUUAUUCUGAUUGUACAAUAUCACAUCUUUAACUCACUCGUUUUGCCUUAUUGAUUUACAGCUAUUUAUAGUAGCAUUUUGAUACCCUUUUGGUGAAACAAUUGCAUAUAGUUUUCCAGCAUAAUGUACGACAGCAUUAUUCUGGGAUUGUGGGAUAUUAAAUCUAAAGCUUGCUAUUGUCAACAAUGCUGUGAUCACUCAUGAAGACGUAGGCUUAAAAUACGACUUUAAAACACAUAGUUUAUGGUAAAAUACUUAGGAAUCAAUUUAUUUGAUUAGGUGUAGGAACAAUAGGAACUUUUACCUUUUAAGGUGGGGUUGAUUUUUUGCCGUUUUCACUAUUUUGAUUGUAGUACAAUGUAGAAGAUUUUGUCAAACAAGUAACUGAAGUGGAAUAAUUACAUUCCUGACAGGAGUUUGAAGAACCUAUUCAUUGAAAGAUUGCUGAAAACAUUGGAAUAGAAUGGACGUUAUGUUUUCUGUUAGAAAACUAAACAAUGAGGAGAUAAAGUGAACCGUAUUAGUCUUCUGUUUGGUAUUGUUAUGUAACUUUUUGAUCCUACGAAAAGGAUAACCCUGAUCACAUUAUAGACAUAACUCUUGAUCCUUAGACGGGAAUACCUCAUAAACUCGUGAUAGGUAUACCAGUUGAUUUCCUGACGGUGCAACUCCUUCAUUUCCUGAACUCUGUUUCGUUUCUGCUCUUAAUGAUACUAUUCCAUUUAAUACUCAGAGAUAGUUCAGAAAUUGAUUAAAGAUACAGGACGCUUUUACAAUUAUCGGUUUUUCUAAUAUUAAAUGACUUUGCUGUAUGGAUUGCUGUCCACCAGCACUAUUUGCCGGAUGUUUGAAUUAUCUUGUUUUUGUAA